GAGAGAGAGAGAGAGAGAGAGAGAGAGAGAUCAUGAACACUCUGUAGGAGUCAGAUUCAGCAGCCUGUCUCAGCUUCAGUUCAGUUUAAUACCGUUUUGUAUUAUCUAAGGCAGAGAUUUCAGAAAUGUAAUGCCACCAUACUGGAGGUUUAAACCGCUUGCCUUUCGGACCAAAAUCAGAUGAGGCUUCAUGUAAAGCGCCGCAGUGAUCAAAUCUCAGCCGCCGGAGAUGCCAAGACCUGCUUGGAGCCAUUUUAGCCCACUGAUAAAGACCUGAGCCACAUUUCUGCACAGAUUUGGACUCGUUUUGGGAUUGUUACAGGCUUUACAGCAUGGCUUUGGUAACUCUGCAACGAUCUCCGACCCCGAGCACGGCCAGCGCGGGCACCGCGAAUGCCGAGACGGAUUUUGGGAGUGAGGAUGACAGAAGGCUAAAUCAGAGUCUGAGCGAGAGCUUUUUCAUGGUGAAGGGAGCUGCGUUGUUCCUGCAGCAGGGCAGCAGCGCGCAGGGUCAGAAGACUCACUCUCACCAUAAACAUGCAGGAGAUUUACCUCAGCACCUACAGGUGAUGAUCAACAUUCUUCGCUCAGAGGAUCGAAUCAAACUGGCUGUGCGGUUGGAGAGUGCUUGGUCAGAUCGUGUGCGCUACAUGGUGGUGGUUUACACCAGCGGCAGACAGGACACAGAGGAAAACAUUCUGCUGGGGAUGGACUUUAACAAUAAAGACAGCAAAAGCUGCUCUAUAGGGAUGGUUCUUCCUCUUUGGAGCGACACAAAGAUCCAUUUGGAUGGAGACGGGGGUUUCAGCAUGACGACAGCAGGACGCACACACAUCUUUAAACCUGUGUCGGUUCAGGCCAUGUGGUCAGCUCUGCAGGUGCUGCACAAAGCGUGUGAGGUGUCACGGCGAUAUAACUACUUCCCUGGUGGAAUUGCACUCACCUGGAUGGGAUACUACGAGAGCUGCAUCUGCUCCGAACAGAGCUGCAUCAACGAGUGGAACGCCAUGCAGGACCUGGAGUCCCUGCGGCCUGACUCACCUGCCAUGUUCGGAGACAAGCCGACAGAGAGAGAGCGAACCGAAAGCCUAAUCAAAACCAAACUCAGGAGCAUCAUGAUGCUGCAGGACCUGGAGAAUGUGACAUCAAAGGAGAUCCGUAAUGAGCUUGAGCAGCACAUGAACUGCAAUCUGAAAGAGUACAAAGAGUUCCUUGACAACGAGAUCCUUCUGAUCCUGGGUCAAAUGGAUAAAGCCACGCUCAUAUUCGACCACCUCUACCUGGGAUCUGAAUGGAAUGCUUCCAAUCUAGAGGAGCUACAGGAGGCAGGGGUGGGCUACAUUCUUAAUGUCACCCGGGAGAUCGACAACUUUUUCCCGGGGACUUUUUGUUACCACAACGUGCGUGUGUACGACGAAGAGACCACGGACCUGCUGGCUCACUGGAACGAGACAUACAACUUCAUCAUUAAGGCAAAGAAGAACCAAUCCAAGUGUCUGGUCCACUGUAAAAUGGGUGUAAGCCGCUCAGCAUCCACAGUCAUAGCCUAUGCCAUGAAAGAGUAUGGCUGGACUUUGGAGAAGGCCUACAACUUUGUCAAACAGAAACGCAGUAUCACAAGGCCCAAUGACAGCUUCAUGAAACAGCUGGCUGAAUACGAGGGCAUUCUGGAUGCAAGCAAGCAACGUCACAAUCGGCUUUGGCAUCCAGACAUUCAGACUGAGUGCGAUCACCCUGACUGUCAACGUCCAGCAGCACCCUGCUGCGCCGACCCCUCAUCCCCAGGUGCCAGUCCUUCGUGCUGUGAAGCUGCCGCCCACUCGUCACCCCUUGCUUUGGAACUUGACCCGUCUAACCCCCAAAACUCCAACUACUACUUCCGGCGUCUGUCAGACUCUGCACUGGACAGUGAACCAUCAACACCAGUGCGUAUGCCACCACCUCUGCUGGAUGUGGAUCGUGUUUACAUUGAGAUAGAGGAUGUGGAGCGUGAUGCCCUGUUGGAUGAUGAGGCAUUUGAAACACCCCGCUUCACUGCACCUACCGGAGAGGGCACAGCAGCGCAGACUUGCCCCCGGGGUGCUGAACCUCUGGAGGAGCUGCGCCUGCGCCUUGAAUUCAGCACAGUAGAAGAGGAAGAUGAGGAGGAGGCAAAGAAAGAACAGGAGGAGAUGCAGGCACUGGCUGAGGGGGGGAGGAGAGAGAGAGAGGGUGGUAUAGGGGUGGAGAGUAGACUUGAUUUGGGUAACAUGAAUCACCUGUGCAAUGAGAACUCCAACAACAACAACCACCUCAGAACCCGAAACAGUCUUGCUGAGAGUGCCCUUAAGAAACAGCCAUCUAAAUCAAUACCAGUAUCCAGCUCUCUCACAUCUCCAUCCCCCAGUACUGUCUCAAAUGCCAGUGGACAUGGCCCUGCUCCUUUACCUACCUGUGUUGUGCCUAGUGUCUCAGUUAUAGUGCCAUCUCGCACCAACAUUGCAGUCAAGGCCAUCACACCUACGCAACUAUGGCCUUGUGACCCAAACUGCAAGUGUACCAAGUGCAGCAAGACAGCUUCAGAUUCAUGCAUCUCUUCAGUCAUUCAACCCUUGGUGCAUAAGGACAAGUCUGAAAGCCAGUCACAAAAAUCUAAUGUUCAGCAAACACAGGAUACAACAUUGGGCCAAGUGGUCAAAGAGACUGAAGGUUCAACAUGUACGGACAAGGCAAAAGAGAGGUCUACAGGUCUACCCAGAGAAGGGAGCUCACAGCAACAGCAAGAGUCACUAGACCAGCUACAUAGGUCUGGCCUCGUCAGGCGGCGAGCUGAGAGGCUGGAGAAACUUUCAGGUUUGUUUCAGGAACGUUUCCGCGAACAUGCAGGUAAUGCUGUACGAGAAUCUGCUGAGACACCGGAGCGUGCUUCUGCCUCUGUAGACACUUCAUCUGGAAUGUUCUGUACUCCAGCAGACUUUUGGACAUCAGUGCCUCCUGUAGUUGAAGACUCUGGAGCACUGACGCCAGUUUCAUCCCCACAUGGCUCCACUCUGACACGCAGCUCAAGCAGUGACAGUAUCCGCAGCAUUCGUGGAAAGCCAGGUCUGGUGCGCCAGCGGGCACAGGAGAUAGAAGCUAGGAUGCGCCUGGCUGGACUCACAGUGCCUUCUCGUCUAAAGCGCUCAAACUCUUUAGCCAAGCUUGGCAGUCUCACCUUCUCGACAGAGGACCUGUGCUCCUCGGCAUGCUCUUCUGAUGUUGGCACCCUUCUUCUUCUCACACUCUCCCCAGAGCCAGAGGGCACUAUUAGUCCAGAUUGGGAUCGUGCCAAUCUCUGCUCUGUCUCUACAGCCAUGGAGCUCUUGAGUCCAGGAGCAACAGGAACAACUGAGCCCAGAAGCUGACAGUAAGAGAGGGAGAUUUGUGCAAGAAGAUGCUGUACUUGGACAACGAUUCUCUACCUGAAAACCUUCUCUUAAAAGGUGAAGAUUGGCCAUCUGCAGACCAAUUUCCAGGUUGGGUUUGCAGUAAAAUGAUCUCUGUAAUGGGUGGAUUGGAGAAGGUCCUGCUGGAGUUCUUGUAACUUAUGUGGAAGGACUAUGCUUUACCCAAAUUUAAAUGUAGAUUUGGAGGAAAACAGGGUUCGCAACAUAAAAACUGCUGUCCCAAAAGCCUUUCCUCUUAAUUGGAAGGAUUGACCAUCUUCAAAUUGCAUCCAAGGGAACAACCCACUGAUUCUUAUGACUUGCAUGAAAAGACUGCACAAUAGAUGAACUAACAUAUAGAGUUGGGAAUAAACAGAAUGAAAAUGCUGUGAAUAUUAAAAGUAUGCUACUCAAGGAAACAGGAUAUCCAAAUAUUUAGACAAGGCUCUUGUGGUUUUAAGGCUUUUGUAGCAUGGAACUGGAGCUAUAAAUGUGUUAUAAAAAACUACUUGUACACCGAGUGCUCUUCGGCCAAGCAUCCAAGGAUACCAUUGCAUUGGUUCCCCUUCCUGCUGAUCAGCCAUAUUUCACAAGAAAUUGCUACCUGUUGUCUAAUCGUCUACACGUCUCAGUCUGGUUCAGUGUGAAUUCCAUCUUCCUGCUUACUCACAUUUUGAUGACACUCUGGAUACUUUUGAACAGCAAAGAGAAAGGAAUUUUCAAAUCACUGUUGGUUACUUAGCGUGUGCUGAGAAGUUGCUCUAGAAUAUAAGAACUCGAUUAUGUUUCAAUCUCUCUGCUGUUCACACUGCUCUGUAUAUCAGCAGAUGUUGCUGGAAAUACCUAGCUGUAUUUUGCUCUGGUCUGAAUUCCAUGGUUCAAUUUACCACUGAAUGUUGACACUGGGCACAUGAUGGCGGUAAAGUCUCAUUUAAAAUAUUAUAUUUAAAACACUAAGAUGUGUUUGUGUCUGUGUUUUGGAGAAACAUUGGUUGAUAUUUUAUCUUAGACACUCGUUUCCUUGAACGCUUUAAUAUGGAAGGUAGCGCUUCCAGGGACUUUUUUGGCAUCUGUCAAAACUGUGACACAAUGACGACAAUGCAUUUGGGGUCUGUUUAAAUCACUCUAGUCAUUUACCCAAGUUCUGGGUUAGAUGAUAAGAAAGUAAACCUGGUUCUCAUGUAACGUACAGAGUUAUUUUUUCCAGCAGUAAUAUUCUAUAAGGGCAGCUCUUGAAAAACCCUUAACCUGGCACACAGUCAAUGUGUUCACAGGUCUACUGAGAUAUAGCACAAAAUAAAUCUUCUAAAAUCUCCACAAACACACCAACAACAAACCAGCAACACAUAUCAGUGGAUGCUAAAACAUCUUAUGAACGUAGCAUAAACAAGCUUUUGGAAAAUCAGCCCCAGACAAGAUACCCGAGCAAUCACAGUUACUCUGCGUUCACACUAGCAAGCAGGCAUUAGUUCGUUUUCAGAGUUGUGAUUUCAGCAAUAAAUAAUUUGGGACAGACAUUUGAAUUUCUCAAUUCGGUUCAAAUUAGUGAUGCUGUGGUCAAACACAGGAGACAGUCAACUUUUAUAGCCAAACAUCACCACGGGUUGCUGUCUGCCCAAAUCUUACCCUUACAACUUCAGUUCCUACAUGCAUUCAGUUAAGUCUGCAUUCCUCCAAUCCAGCUAAAAAAUGAAAUAGGAGUUGCAUCAGUUUUAUAUUAUUAUAGUAAUAACAUGGGUUUUAGACACAAGAAACAUAGGGAUUUAUAUGAUUUUGUAUAAAAAAUAUCAUUACUGUAUAAAUACACCAGAGUGUACACACCUUGGUUACUACCAUUUUCCAAGGAAUAAAACACAACCCGGUGGUGAUGUGUAGCUCAUUUCCCUAUAGCAUUAUGUCUCUAAAAUGUUUUAGUCCUUACUUUUUGUCUAUUUAUAGUUCAAAGUUACAUAUGUGAAACUUGAUGCAUUAGUGCUGCUGUAAAACGUAAUUUCCUCAUUUUCUCUUUUAAGUUAUUUAAACAUUACUGUCUCUUACAAGCACUGACAUUGGAGACAACAUUUAUCCAUAUCAACAAUUAGACAUUUUUUCUUUGUUAAAUAGCAACACUUUAUUGAUAGAUUUAGAUUGUAGUGUGUUUGCAAUACAAGUAUCUGUGAAAGUGUUACUAUGGAAACAGUGUAUUAGGAAAAAGUGCAUUAAUAUAAACCUGUGAUUUGCCUUAUAGACAGAACUGCUUUCAAAACUGUUAUACUAAAAUUAUACAGUAAAACCAGACCAAUCAGGAAUUGGAACACAACAGCAGCAUGGUUUAUGAGAACUGGUAUGGUAUAUGAAAUACUACAAAAAUAUGGAAAAUGCAGACCAGUACUGACAUCAGUGUCAUGUCAGCUGCUAGUAUGAACGCAGUGUAAAAUUAUAAAUAUUCCCUUCUCUGUAAUGUUGUAAAUUUGACUUUGAAUGGAAGGUUUUAUAUGUAGUACACCAUGUUUUAGUUACUUAUUGUUUUUUCCACAUUUCUACCUUGAUCUAGAAACAGACCCAAAAACAAAAACAGUCUGUGAUUUUUCAGUAUGUGAUUUUUCAGUGUUUUAAAAUACUUUUCACACUGAAAAAUCACAGACACACAAACACAGCUGUGUGUGUGUGUGUUUGUGUGUGUGUGUGCCAUUUGUCUGUAUAACUGCAUUCCAACAUAACUGAGUUUUUUGAUCUCUACCAAGAUCAAGUGAGGUGUAUCUGUUGUAUGUUAGUGUGUGUUGUCCUGAGGGUCUCAAAAUUCCUGUGUAUGAGAUCACAAGGUCUGAAGCUUUACACACACAAACUCUGUUAUACACGUAUUUUAUGUUCUAGCACACUCAUUCUCCCAUCGCAAAUACACACACUUGAUCAUUCUCACAUGAGGUUUGUUCCCUUAUUUCAAAUCAGUCGACCAGUUUCAAAACUUCAGUAAUUUUUUAUUAUGCAAAAUAACAUAUUUUAAUUUUAUUAUGUACAUCUAACAAUGCUGUUGUUAUGUUGAAUGCAUGUUUCUGACUGAAGUGUGUCCUGUAUAUACCUUUGCAUGCAAGUGUGAGUGACGUCCCAUACCAAGGACCGUGCGAUUACUGUGAAAUAUUUAUAAGAGAGACGGAAAAAAAACCUUCCGAGUGUUUGAGUGCACGUUAGUAUUUAUCCAUGAGAAGGCUCAUAUGAUACACACACACGCCAAUCGAAUGCACAUGCAUCACAAUGCACUGUAUGUAAAUAUGUGACAAAAUGGCCGGUACUUGUGUCCUCGAGUGAAAACUCUAAAGGGAGACUUGGUUCUUUGGCUUGAAAAAGGCACUACUGUACCACACACAAACACACACACACACACACAAACACACACACACACACACACACACACACAAAAACCUGAUAUAUGAAUUUUACUUCCAAAUCAUGAUAUUGUACUGUUAGAAAAAUAUCUUGGGUUUCCUGAGGUUCAACAGUGGUGAGAUUGGGCUCAUAUUCACUGAGGUGGAAACAUGAAGUCCACAUGUCUGCAGUGCUGAUCAGGGGGUCAGGGAAAAGCUAGCAAUUUUAAUAUUACCCAUGUAUGCCGAUUGCAAUCAAUAAAUUGAAACAAAUUCUAAUUGUUAGCUUGCUUCUUAAUUCCAAAGAUUUCAAAUUCCUGUUUUUUUUAAGAUAGCUGAAGCAUUUUAAUAUUUAUUUUCUUUUUGCAUGGAUUCAGUCAUAACCUUUGUCUUUGUCAUUGAAUUCAGAUGACCAAUAUUAGGGAGGAACUGCAUUGAUGCACAGUGCUUGGCCCCCUGUUUACUCAUCCCAACAAACAGAACUGAACUAAAAACUAGACCUCCUAGUUACUGAGAAUGAUUUAAAAUCAUUCUGCUGAAAUCAUUCUGCUGUUGUGUCGACCGAUUAUUAUUAUUAUUAUUAUUAUUAUUAUUAUUAUUAUUAUUAUUAUUAUUAUUAUUAUAAAUGAGAUCUGACAUUUCAGCCAUGGUUCUGUGAAUUCUGUUUACAGGUUGUUGGGUUUUUUUUGGUAACAUAAUGCUUUACCUGAAGGUUCCCAAAUGCAAGCUGCAACAUUAACACAGCAUCAGUAAUGUUAACAAAGACUGUUUGUUAACUUUCAAUAAUCGAACCUUCAUGUAAAGUGCUAUCAGGUUUGGCUUCUUUUCUUUUUGCUCAAAUCAGGCAGUUGCGCUUUUGGACAUUUGCUGACUUAAUGAUUUAAUCAGGGACAAGCUAUUUCAUUUGUCUGAAAUAAGCAUUGUGAAAACCUGAUUGAUGAUUUUACAUAUGUCUUCAGCUGUCUGUCAUAAUUAUCUUUUAGCGUCUGUAAGUCUGAGGGAAAAAACAGGAUGCUCACUUUUCAUAGGUAUAGUCAAGGUCCAUCUUUCAGGAAUAGUGGUGAGUCUAGAGAGCUAUGAUUUCCUGGGUCUUGUGGAAAAUCAUGGGAUGUGUUAAGGAAAUGUGAGUUAGUAGUUUGUACGUUCUUGCCGAUCCCGUACCAUUGAGCCACAAAUUCACACAAGAGUAGUCUCUGAACAUCCUUCAUCCUCAAACAAGCCAUUGCCAUUUUGCUUUGAUGCCACAAAGUCAGUGGAGUUGCUGUUUUGUUUAAGUCACUUUAGUGUUGCGUUAUUCAUGUUUAAGUGCCUUAUAGUGAAACACCAGGGGCAUGGUUCAGUCUGUAUCUUCCCUUCUAUUAUGUUGCCAACAAAUUUGUUUUAAAGCUGUUAGUUAUGUCUUUUUUUUUUUUAAUAAAUUCUGGACUUGAGAAAAAAGUAUUAUAAUAAAGAAUUGCCAAGUUCUCCUCACUCCAAACAGGCUAUAUCUUCAGCACGUUUUAGCAAACCAAAAACAAAAGGAAUUGCUCAAUGCCAGUCAGUCAGUAUAGACUUUGUUACAUGGGGAAGCUAGCUUAUUAUGCUAGGCGGAUGCCACUUUUACUGCACCUUUUUGAGGAAGAAUGGUUCGAGUGAACAAGAGAGAUUUCAUCACUCCAUGAAUCAUAAGUAAUGUUGUGAUGUAUCUGGGCCACAACUAAAGCAGCCAUAUCGUCGCUAAGGCCCUAUGUGCAAAUAGGAAGAGGUUGUGAUGUGUACGCAAUUCUCUUAUUCACUACUGUUGCCAUUAGUUUUGUUUUAUAUUUAAGUAUGCAGUAAUUUUGUCUUUUGUACCGCAAAAUUUGCUGUAGUUCUGACGCAUAUUGCACUUUGUACAUUUUGUGGAAAUGAUGUACUGUGUGUAUAUUAUGGAAAUAAACUUUUUUCCAUUCA